AUGGCCGCGCUGGAUGAGGACUGGGAAGAGUGGACGCCAGAAAAAGGCUCGUUUGUCCACCACAUGGUCGCAGGCUCCGCAGCUGGCGUCGCGGAGCACGUGUCGAUCUUCCCGAUUGAUACCGUCAAAACGCACAUGCAGUGCCAGCGCUGCACUGCGAUCGGUCAACCGCUCGUGCUGACCGCCACGCAGACGGCGCGCCAGCUCGUGGCCGAAGAAGGGCCGCUCCGGCUCUUUCGGGGCGUCAGCACAAUGCUGGGCGCGAGUUUGCCGGCCCAUGCCGUGUACUUUUCCGUGUUUGAAGCAGCAAAGAAGGCGCUGAAUGCCGACACUAACACGUUGACGCCCAUGGCGUCGGGUUUGGCCGGUGUGGUUGCGACAGUGUGUCACGACUCGAUCAUGACGCCGAUGGAUGUCGUCAAGCAGCGUCUGCAGUUAGGAUACUACCGAGGGGUUGCAGAUUGUUUUCAGACGGUCAUGAAGCACGAAGGCUUGCGUGCGUUGUAUAUUAGCUUCCCCACGACACUGUUGAUGAAUCUACCAUACAGCAUGAUCAUGGUGUCGGCAAACGAGACGUUCAAGAAGAUUCUGAACCCGUCAGGAGAGAUGAACGUCUCGGCAUACAUCGCAUCUGGCGCUGCGGCUGGAGCACUGGCUGGAGGGUUGACGAAUCCACUGGAUGUGGCCAAGACCCGGUUGCAGACCCAGUCGAUGAUGGCCACUGAAGAAGCUUCGGUAGGAAAUCGCAUCACACGCAUGAAAUCGACUUUGGUAUUGCCUCGCUUCUCGAGACCAGAGCUUCAGUGUCCAUCUCGUGCCCAUUGUGCGCAGCUCCAGACACGCAGCGUAUCGAUCACUGCUCCUUCUUCGUGCUCCGCUAGCAGUCGCUCAGGGACACAUCAAGCAGGACCAGUGUUGCGUCGUCAGUAUGGCGGUCUCGUGGACACUCUCCUUCAGAUUAGGGCGCAGGAAGGCUUUGCAGGCUUCUUUCGGGGCGUAUACCCGCGGCUUCUAGUGCAUGCACCUUCCGUGGCAGUGUCGUGGACAACUUUUGAAGUGUUAAAAAAGACUCUCGAUCGGAUGGGCGCUGACGACAAUUAG